AUGUCUAAAAAGGGUAAUAAGAAGGCCGUCAAAAUGGACUUAGGUUCAUUUUUGACUGAUGAAUCUUUUGGAGGAUCAUCAUGGGCAGAUGAAGAAGUUGAUAUGAGUUCUAUUGGUGUAUCAUUAGAUAAACCAUCAUCAUCAAAUACAUCAUAUGGUACUUCAAAUACUUCAAUUGAUGCAAAUGAUAGUGGAUUCGGAGGAGUAGGAGGAGGAUAUGAAAGAAGAGAACGUAAAGAAUUUCCAAUACCUGAUUUUCCACCAUUUAAAAUUAGAGUAUCAAAUUUACCUUGGGAAUUUUUAGAAUCAGAAUUAAUUCGAUUUUUUGAAGAUAGAAUGCAAAAUAAAGAUAUAAUUGAAGAUAUAAAAUUACCAUUAGAUAGAGAAACUAAUAGAUUAAAAGGUUUUGGUUAUAUUACUUUUAAAUCAAAAGAAUUAUUAGAAGAAAGUUUAAAUUUAACAUUAUCUGAUUUUCAAGGUAGAAAAAUAUUUGUUAAUGUUGCUCCACCACCAAGAGAAGAUGAAGGAGCUGGAGGAUUUGGAAGAUCAAAUAGAGUAGAAUUGGAUUGGGGUGCUGCUAGAUCUUCAAGUGCACAAUUACCACCAAGAGAAGAUAAUAGAAGUUUUGAAAGAGGAGAUAGAGGAGAUAGACCUCCAAGACAAAGAAGAGAAGAACCAAAUUUAGAUUGGGGAGCAGCAAGAUCAACUACAUCACAAUUACCACCAAGAGAAGAUAGAGGAGAUAAAAGUUUUGAAAGAGGAGAUAGAAGCUUUGAAAGAAGUGAAAGAGGUGAAAGAGGAGAUAGACCACCAAGACAAAGAAGAGAAGAACCUGAUUUAGAUUGGGGUGCAGCAAGAUCAACCACAACACAAUUACCACCAAGAGAAGAUAGACCAAGAGAAGAUAGACCAUCAAGAAGAAGAAGAGAAGAAUUUUCAAAUAUAUCAUCACCAACAAAAGAACCGGAAUUUGAUUGGAAUAGAGGUCAAUCAUUACCACAAAAACAAAGAUCAAUAUCUUCUUCAUCAUCAUCAUCAAUAACAAACAAUACACAAUCAUCUACAUCAACAUCAUCAUCAUAUAAGCCAAAAGAAGAUAAUUUAGAUUGGUCAUCUGUAAGAUCAACUACAAGUACAUUACCAUCAAGAGAAAGAUCAAAUAGAAGAAGAGACGAAAACGCAAAUAAUACUAAUAAAUAUCAAUCACAAUCAUCAUCAUCUCCAUCAACUAGAGAAAAAGAAUUUGAUUGGAAUAGAGGACAAUCAUUACCUCAAAGAUCAAGGAAUUCUUCAUCUAGACAACAACAACAACAACAAAGACCAAAUAGUAAAAAAGCAGAAAAGGAAGAAGAAGAUUCAAAAUCAAAAGGACCACAAGUAUCUCAGUUUAGUGUAUUAUCUAUAGACGAUGAUGAUGAAGAUGAGGAGGAAGAAAACAAUGAAGAAAAUGUGGAGGAUGAACAAAAGCAAAAGGAAUAA